AUGUUUGUUUCAUUGGAGAAAACAACUUCGCUGGCUAGUCGGUUUCAGGAUGCUCUUCCUUCGAUUUUGAAAAAGUCCCGCCAUACUGAGAUAUGGGGUGUUGAUUUGAAGCACGCGGAAUGGCAGGUGCUGGAGGUGGUCUUAGAAAAGUUCCUCAGAUGCCAUUCCGCAAUCCUUGCACUUCAACUCUCUAGAGCAAGUGCCUCACUCGAGAAGACUUUAGAAUGGAGAAGCCUCUCUGACCCGAGAGCUCUCCUUACUGAAGCAGAGACUAUCCUUCCUGACUUGGAUCUAUGCCAUAUUACUUUGAAUGAGGGUCAAUAUGUGCUGUGGAUUAAUAUUGACGAGAUGGCGAUUAAGAGAUACUCAAUAAUACACGCAAGCCUGACGACAUCUGGAUUCUUGGUGCAGUUGGGUCUUGCUGUAAUGCAAAAGCUCUCCGUGCUUCUGAUGCAUGCAGCCGCUAGUUCUGAUCUACAUGACUAUUCGGCUUCCUGUGUGGUUGAAUUUAAGAUACAUGCCAUUCAAAACACCAAGAGAGGACAGCAGUCCUUCCAGGGGAAGAUCAGCAAUGCCAUUGAGGAAUUGGUGACAUUCAUUCGGUGUCACUAUCCUAAGAUUCUGGGAAAGGCAUACAUCAUCAAACCUCGUGAUGAAUACCUUGCAACUCUUGAUAUCAAUGAAUCUCUAUUGAGAGAUACGGUACUUUUGGAAAAUCCAGAGGACCUUGCUCGAUAUCUUGGCUCACAACUCCCACCUCGAUAUGGCGGUACUGGGGAAUCGCUCGCGGAAUGUGACAUUCUUCCUAGUUGCAGCCUUGCGGAGGAUCCAACAGGGAACAACGACCUCAAGACACCAGAUACCAGUGCGGCAGCCAGUACUGACAUGGAGAAGACCGGCGUGAAAGAAGAAACUACAGCUUCCGCUAUGAAUACCGGCAGCACUUCUCCCCAUGGCUUGAAAAUAGAGGAGCAAAAACCUCGCUUAAUUUACUCCGACAUCAUUGAACCGCCAUCUAUCAUACUCGACCCCGAAGACUUGCCCAAAGCAACCAACCUUUGUCCCGACAAAAUGGGCGCGCGUGUUCUUUUCGCAGAUUCAGACACAGUUGCGAAAUUCAGCCAUGGUGUCCGCCUAGCUGAAGCCGAAGCGUUACACCUAGCAUCUACCCGCACGACCAUAGCAACACCAAAGCUUCUCAGUGCAUAUAUCCUCGAUGGCGUCGGAUACAUAAUAAUGUCAUAUGAAGUGGGCGAACCACUCAACAAAUACUGGGACCGUGUUCCGAAAACCGAGCAAGAUCGCGUCCUAGAGCAGUUACGGGACUGCGUGAACCAGAUGCGGGAGAUUCCCGGCGAUUUCAUCGGUGGGGUUGACGGAUCACCUUGUCGGGAUGGCGUCUUCGAGGCCGGCUACGGCGACUACACUAGCUACAGCCACGGCCCGUACCCAUCCGAGGAAAGCUUUGACGAGGGAAUGAUUCAAGCUUUGCGAGAUCGUAUGCCCUUUAAAGUGCUCCAGGGUGAACAUGACGUCGAAUCGAGCUUUUUCAACAGCGAGUACAUGCUGUAUCAGACGGUCCGAGGUAUCAAAAAUCACAAGAUCGUGUUUACGCAUGGGGACUUGCAUGCCGGGAAUAUACUUGUUCGGGCUGAUGGCACUGUUGUUCUAUUAGACUGGGGCCUGGCUGGUUUCUGGCCGGAGUAUUGGGAGUUCUACCGUGUCAUCCAUCAUUCACCCUGGAGACCCUCGUGGGAUCGUAUGGUGGAGAUAUUCAUCCCACCUUUUUAUGUUGAGUAUAGCGUCAUGAAGAGGAUAUUCGCGACCGCGUGGAACUAA